AUGUGACAGCCAUGUGACCAUUUUGUAAAUAAACAAAAUGAUUAGUGUUAUCGUCACCCUUUCUUUGAUUAUCAACGUCAGUUCACAAUAUUUACCUAUUGUUAUCAACACCUGGUUUGUUUCCAACGCUACCAAUGCAGCAUGGGAGGAAUUAACUGUACAUGGUGGUUCUGCAGUGGAUGCUGUCGUGGCUGGAUGCAGCCAGUGUGAAGCCUCCCAAUGCAGAGGGACUGUUGGAUUCGGAGGUGACCCUGAUGAAAAUGGUGAAACCACCCUUGACGCCAUGAUAAUGGACGGUAAAACAAUGGAUGUAGGAGCCGUAGCUGCUUUGAGAAUGGUGAAACCAGCAAUUGCUGUUGCUCGAGCUGUUAUGGAUUAUACCGAACACACCUUGUUAGUGGGAGACCAAGCCUCAUUGUUUGCCAAGGACAUGGGAUUUACUGUAGAAACGCUGACAACAAACAAAUCGUACAUCGACUGGAAGAACUGGAUUGAUAAUAAAUGUCAGCCAAAUUUUAGACAAAAUGUUAUUCCAAACCCCAAAACUAGUUGUGGUCCAUAUAAACCAAAGAAAAGAAUAGAACAGCACCUUAGCAGCCGAAUGAAUUUUGGCAUUUCACCUAACAACCACGACACUAUUGGAAUGAUCGCUAUUGAUAAGAAUGGUAAUAUAAGUGCUGGUACAUCCACUAAUGGAUUGUCCCAUAAAGUUCCCGGGCGUGUUGGUGAUUCUCCUUUGAUGGGAGCAGGGUCAUAUGCUAUGAAUGGAGCAGGUGGAGCAGCUUGUACAGGGGAUGGGGAUAUCAUGAUGAGAUUUCUACCAUCAUUCCAAGCUGUAAUGAUGAUGAAAUCAGGAAUGGAACCAUCUCUGGCACUAAAAGCAGCCAUGGCACCCAUAAUUCAAUAUUAUCCAUCUUUCUUUGGUGCCAUGAUCGCAGUCAGUAGCAACGGAACGUUUGCUGCUGUCUGUCACGGGUAUAAGACGUUUCCAUUUUGUGUUGCAAGUCCAUCAUUCCACGAGGUGAAAGUACUAAAAGUACAGUGCACAUGACAAUUACACAUGUAUUACGUUUUACUAUUUUCUAUUAUAUUUCAAUUGAAUGUCAGAUCAGAGAAUGCCAUUAUUCUACUUAUAUAGCAUAUACGUUUACUAAUGCUUCCAUAGCUUGUAGAGGUAAAUAUGUGCAUACUCAUUCAAAUGGCUAUAUAUGUAAACAUUUCAGCAUUCAAUGUUGCUUGUAUAUCGUAGAUUAUCAUCCGUGUUGAUGGUUAUAAACAAAUGGUCUACAAGACCCAAUUCAACUGUUGGUAUAAAUUCCCCCGUAUAUUUCUCAAAUGUCUUUAUGCUAAAAGGAAUGAAUGUUAUGUAAAUGAUGUUAUUAUAGUUUUAAAUUGUGUAGAUAUGUGAAUAUUGCAGAAUUUUUAGUUGUGUAGAUAUGUGAAUGUCUGCUGAGUUUUGAGUUGUGUAGACAUGUGAAUGUCUGCUGAGAAUUAAAUUGUGUAGAUAUAUGAAUGUCUCCUGAGUUUUGAGUUGUGUAGAUAUGUGAAUGUCUGCUGAGUUUUGAGUUGUGUAGAUAUGUGAAUGUCUGCUGAGUUUUGAGUUGUGUAGAUAUGUGAAUGUCUGCUGAGUUUUGAGUUGUGUAGAUAUGUGAAUGUCUGCUGAGUUUUGAGUUGUGUAGAUAUGUAAAUGUCUGCUGAGUUUUGAGUUGUGUAGAUAUGUGAAUGUCUGCUGAGUUUUUGAGUUGUGUAGAUAUGUGAAUGUCUGCUGAGAUUUUGAGUUGUGAAGAUUGUAAAUGUUUGCAGAAUUUUGAGUUGGGAAGAUUUAUGAAUGUUUGCAGAAUUCGAGCUGUGAAGAUAUGUGAAUAGAUUACAGAAUUUUGAUUUGUGCAGAUAUGUGCACAUGAAUCUUGCAGAAUUUUGAGAUCUAUAGACAUGUGAAUGUUUGAAGAAUAUUGAGGUCUGUUGAUAUGUGAAUGAACUGCAAAACUGGAGUUUUGUAGACAUGUGAAUGUUUGAAGAAUAUUGAGGUCUGUUGAUAUGUGAAUGUUUGUAGAUUUUUAAAGGGUUUAGAUAUGGGAAUAUUUGGAUAACAUGAAUAUGUCAAUGUUCGUAGAAUUUUGAAAUGCAUAUUGAGGUAAAUGUUUGUGGAACUUUAUUUGACCGUUUAUGAUGAACAUGUAUUACUAGAUACGUACUACAGUGAAGACGUAUGAUGACUGUCAGUGUAAAUCAUCAGUGAAUUAAUUCUUGUAUUUUGUUAGUACUAAAUUGAAUAAAAUUUCUUCAAGUUUU